AUGGCUAGUAUCCAGAUCCCUCUCGACGCCCUGACGUCGCGCUUCAACUUUCAGGACCGCUUCUCCAGCCUGUCUUCCACCACCUUUGGCGGCCGCUUCUCGAACCUGAGGCCCAUCUCCGAGUUCCUCGACUUCAAGCGUGUCGCCAAGCCCGCCAACUUUGGCGAAGUCCAGUCCCGCGUCAACUACAACCUGAGCCACUACUCCAGCAACUAUGCCGUCGUCUUCGCCAUGCUCAGCAUCUACGCGCUGCUGACCAAUUGGCUCCUCUCGUUCGUCAUCAUCCUCGUGGUUGCCGGCAUGUACAUCAUUGGCCGCCUGGACGGCAGGGACCUCGAGAUCGGCACCUUCCGCGCCACGACGUCCCAGCUCUACACGGGUCUUCUCGUUGUCGCCGUGCCUCUGGGCCUCAUCGCGUCUCCCUUCUCGACGCUGCUCUGGCUCAUUGGCGCAUCUGGCGUGGUCAUCCUCGGCCACGCUUCGUUUAUGGAUAAGCCGAUCGAUGAGGCUUUUUCCGGGGAGGCGGUCUAG